UUGCCGUAUUAGAAACUUUAGCGUCGAUACCAACUCAAAUAUUUCAAUGGCAAAUCGGCGGUUAGAAGCUUUGCAUUAGCUUUAGACUUAAGGAUGAAGCCACUUUAACCUUAAACUAGGGAUGUACCCGACGUAAAAAUAUCCUACGUCAUUGCACCUUUGAGGCUUAAGCUUCUCAUUAAUACGACAAGCGAGCCUUGUGUGCACAUACCUUAGAAUCUUAAUUAGACACACCAGGUUGAAGAUAGACACGUAAGGAACGAGUAGUCUCUUAAUACCUACGAUAUUCCAGCAUAGUAUACGAACCUGGUACUUUCCUCAAGAUGACGGCGUAUAUUCCUCGUCUCAACGCAAUACCGUAUGAUGUAUUCGCGAACCCAGCGGCCUCGAUACUGUUACCUAUUGCGCUGGGUACUACUGUAGGCUUCAGCUCUCGACGUACGUGCUUUAUAUUCCCAAGUAUCAGGUUAUUCGGAUAUGUGCCGCUAACAGGACCACAUACAGCAAAACAAACCCAUGCCACAUAUGCUGCCAUGAAGCAGCCGCCGUUACGACCUCCGCCACAGGUUUUCGGCCCUGUCUGGACAGUACUCUACGGGUUGAUGGGCUACGCAGCUCACCGCGCCGUGACAAGGUAUCCAUCUCCCUUCGCCUCGACCGACGAGGUGCGCGCACUAUAUUCCGCGCAACUCGGCUUAAACUUGUUGUGGAUGCCUCUCUUCUUUGGGCUACGAAAACCAGUUCUUGCGUUAGCCGACAUUGUAUCACUAGUCGGACUAAACGGCUACCUAACAUAUCUGUACUUCUCAGUUGAUAGCACAGCGGGCUGGUGUCAACUGCCGUACAUGGUAUGGUUAGGUUUUGCGACGUACCUAACAGCGGGCGUUGGAUAUUUGAACAAUUGGGAUAUCUCGGAGGCAACAUUGGCGAAGAGGAUAUAAGUGAAGAUUGGACACGUUUUAUUUGCUUUAGGCCAAUCCUUAUGAGACGUGUUUGGAUCUUGUAACUAGAUUCAUGCUCACGUAGAAACAUCCGUACUCACUAUCGUAUGUGAAAUAUACGAGGCACUGCUCA